UUUUUUUUUACAAAAUUUAUUUUCUCGUUUUUGAGAAGAAAAAAAAAACGUUUCGAACGAACCGGUCGUUGUUUUAGGAUUUAAGUUCCGCGACCAUGCCCGGGAAGACCAAGUAUAACCUCGUGGAUGAUGGCCAUGAUUUGAGAAUUCCGCUGCACAACGAGGAAGCCUUCCAGCAUGGGAUCAACUUCGAGGCAAAGUACAUCGGCAGUCUGGACGUGACGCGGCCGAACAGCCGGGUGGAGAUUGUGGCUGCGAUGAGGAGAAUACGGUAUGAGUUCAAAGUGAAAAACAUCAAGAAGAAGAAGGUCAACAUUGUGGUGUCCGUAGACGGUGUGAAAGUCACCCUGAGGAAGAAGAAAAAAGUGAGUGACCUGCUGUCUUUUAAUCGUGAGUUCGGAGAUGACAUAGUUAUCAAGCCCGUCCGUCCGCCCCCUGUCGACAUCAUAUCCAGCACAAUGAAGAAGAAAGAAUGGACGUGGGACGAAAGCAAGAUGAUGGUGAUGCAGGACCCCAUUUACAGGAUAUUCUACGUGUCUCAUGACUCCCAGGACCUGAAGAUCUUCAGCUACAUCGCCAGAGAUGGACAAAGCAACGUCUUCCGCUGCAACGUCUUCAAGUCCAAGAAAAAGAGUCAGGCCAUGCGUAUAGUGCGGACGGUGGGCCAGGCCUUCGAGGUGUGUCAUAAGCUCAGCCUGCAGCACACGCAGCAGAAUGCAGAUGGGCAGGAGGACUCCAACAGUGAAAAGACCUGCAACGACUCUUCUGUUGCAGCCCGCGAGCUGACAGGUGCUGAGAAAACGCCGAGUGCCGUCGAGGAGACGGACAUCGACGCGGAGGAGGUGAGCGCGGCGCCGCUGGCGGAGAACACGAUGGACGAGUACAAGCUGAGCCGCGGGGUAACCGACCUGGAUGCCACUGCCAAGCCCGCCGACCACAGCCACAAGGAUAACAAGGCCCCGGAGGAGGCCUCGCUGCUAAUGGCCAGCCCGAGGAUGCUGCUGCCUUCGUCGGGCACGCUGACGCCGGGGGCCCCCUUGUCUGUCCACCACCAGAUCCAGCUCCUCCAACAGCAACUGCAGCAGCAACAGCAGCAGACACAGGUGGCUGUGGCACAGGUUCACCUGCUGAAAGACCAGCUGAGCGCAGAGGCCACUGCCCGUCUGGAAGCUCAGGCCCGGGUCCACCAGCUGCUGCUUCAGAAUAAAGACCUGCUCCAGCACAUCUCCCUGCUGGUGAAACAGAUCCAGGAGCUGGAGACCAAGUUCUCUGGACCAGACUCCAUGGGCUCUCAGGACAGUCUGUUGGAGAUAACCUUCCGCUCCACCGUGCCCCCGGUGCUCUGUGACCCCACCACCCCGAAGCCCGAGUUGGCCACGAUGAACCUGCCCCUUCUUGGUGCCGGCGAAACGACCAACAACGUCUUUGCAUCGUCCAACGGGACCCUGGGAAGCCCCCUAGUCGAUCAGAGUAUGUUUGAGAACUCGGUGGCACAGCAGCAGAGUCCCCAGAGCUCCAGGCCAGCCCAGCAUUUAGCUCGCCGCUCCCCAGCAUCAGCCAACCCCAGCUCGGCCGCCGCCUCCUUCGACAGCCCCUCCUCCGGAGGGCAGCAGAGGCUGAAAAACGCCAUCAACCUGGGCAAAGCUGUGGGGGCAAAGGUCAAUGACCUGUUACGGAGAAAGGAGCCCAGUCACUUAGGAGACAUCGGGGUCACAGAGGUCAACAAGAACGUUGGAGUCGUGUGGAGCUGCAUGGAACAGCUCAACCAGACUACGACUAACAGUCACAUGUCCUCUCUUGACUCCUUCCCCCGGUUGGAUCCCCCACCACCUUCGGGGAAGAAGCGCCUGCCUCGUGCCCUGAAGACCACCCAGGACAUGAUGAUUUCCUCGGACCCGGUGGUUACCACUCCUGAAACUGCUGACUCCUCACUCCUGUCCCCUGACAAGACACCCCUCAUCGGAAAGGAGGAGCCCGUGGCCGAGGAAGACAAAACCAAAGAGAUGGAUCCCAAGAAGAAUCUGUCAGAUGAGGUGGAAACAGGGGAGAGAAACGGAGAAAUGGUCAGUGGUGGAGAUGGAGAAGAGGACGACGACACAGAGGAGAGGAAUAAGAUGGAGGGAGACCCGGAGACUCACCAGACCCAGCUGACGCUCUCAGUACCGGACCUUAUCCACAAGGACCCCUUGUUGGAGCCCAGAGCCAAGCCCUCCGAGGUCUGGCAGAAGACGUCUGGGCCGGACUCCAGACUGGCCUCCACCCCGUGCCCCGGCAAAGAUCACUACCGCAUCAGCCUGGGAGAGGAGGUGCAGUUGGAGAACAGUAGUCCCUGUAGGAAAAGUGCUGGGGUAAACGCUGAAGAGGCGGAACCCCACCCGGACUUGCUGUCCUUUGAGUAGUACAGUAGGUGAAACCUAAGUCAAGUAUCAUCAGAAUAUGGUUUGGGCAUUUGAACUAAGAAUCUGGGAAGAGUUUAGUUGCAACAUCUGAACCUUGCUUUUAUUGGGUUGAAAACAGGGAGCAGACACAUGAGCAUACUGAUAGUCCAUUAGUUUGCAUGUGGACUUUUGGCUCAUGUUUGAGUGUACUCAAAGCAUACUGCGAGCCUACCACCCCCAUUUUAUAGACCACAUUUUCCAUAUUUGGUGUGAAAAAUGCUAAAUAGAGUCCUUCAUGGAAAAUUGAUUAGUUAAUUGGCCUCCAGACAAUGGCAAAAAGGACAGUGGGGAGGUGGUACAUGAGACCACUUAAUGGAGAGAGAGAGAGACAUUUCCUUGUCUUCUGUGGUCCAACAUAGAAUAGUGCUCGGUGUGAAACUGGCCAGCUGAGGUAUAUGUUGUGUGGCAUCUACAGGGUCCACUUGUAGGCAAAACAAAAGCUCCGUGUGGACACAUCUAGUUCACAUCUAGUCUCCGGACGCCCACUCAGGGUCUGCCUGAUGUCCUUAAUGUAGGCGGAUGUCCAUAUGCAUGCUUUUAUUGACAACUGCAUGAAAGCCCCUUAAGAGAGGCUGUUCAGACAACAUGAACAGGUUGGACAUUUUGCAACUGAGUUGGAAUAUACAAUUUCCUUUUGUUUUGGAGUUUCAUCCUAAUGACCCCUUUGUCUCUCUCUCUCUCUCUCUCUGGUUUUGGCUUGAGUGCAGUUUGUGUUUUUACUGAUUACUAAAUUUUUGAAGCAGUGCAGUGUGGCUUAAAACCACUGACUGUAAAUAAUAAUGAACAAUGCGAUAUUUACUCAUUAUCUGGAUUUGAUUCCAAAAUAUUGCUAUUUGCUCGCGGAACCAGUCUGCGCACGCCUAGAGCUGGGCAAUAUACAUCAAUAUAAUAUUGUUAUCAUGAUGCGAGCCUAGAUAUUGUCUGGGAUUUUGUUUAUUGUAAUAGGAUAUAUCUUAAAUGUUGUCAUUUCCUGGUCUUAAAGGCUGCAUUACAGUAAAGGGAUACAAUUUUCUGAACUUAUUCAUUCAGCCGUUUUAGCUGAGUGAAAUGAACAAUGAAUGUCUCUGGUCUCCAUAUCCACACAUCAUUUCUCAAAAUCUUGUGUGUAAAGAAAAAAAUGAAGGCACCAAUAGGCAUCUCCAAAAUAUCAUCUCAUUAUCGAUAACGGGGUAUGCAAUCAAAAUAUUUUCAUAUUUGGUUUUGUCAGUAUCACCCGGCACUACGCACGGCCCCUCACAUUACACUGAGCUGCCUGAUGCGGCCCUAUACCACGCCCUUUUGAAUAUCAUCAAAUUGUUCUAGAAAUGGCAACUAGACAGCGCUAGAGAUAUUUUGGCUCCAAACGUUCCAUGCUGUCCUCUUCUUAUACGGUCUAUGCUUGAAACGUGCAUUAUUACCCCCCCCCC